AUGGCUACUCCACUUAAUCUAGAAGAAGGUCAGUCCUCAACAAGACCUCCUCGUUUCAAUGGACAUUUCUACAGUUGGUGGAAAGUUAGAAUGCAUGAUUUCCUCAUGGCUGAAGACAGCGAGUUAUGGGAUAUUGUACUUGAUGGACCAUUUAUUCCAAUGAUAGAAGAAAAGGAUGGAGAGAAAACUAGUCUUGUUCCAAAGCCUACACAGAAAUAUGAUGAAGCUGAUAGAAAAAAGAUAGAAAAGGGCUACAAGGCAAAAACUCUUCUUGUCUGUGGGAUAGGACCUGAUGAGUUCAAUCGUGUCUCAGCUUGUGAGUCUGCUAAAGAGAUUUGGGAUUAUUUAAAGACAGCUCAUGAAGGAACUGAACAAGUCAAAGAAUCAAAGAUUGAUAUGCUUACCUCACGGUAUAAAAACUUCAAAAUGAAGGAAGGAGAAACCAUUCAUGAGAUGUUCACAAAAUUGUCCUCCAUUACUAAUGAGCUGAGAAGUCUUGGUGAACCUAUCAACAUGAGCAAACAAGUCAAAAAAGUGCUUCGAAUUCUUCCAAAGUCCUGGGAAAGCAAGGUUGAUGCCAUCACUGAAGCUAAAGAUUUGAAGGUGCUGACAAUGGAUGCUCUCAUUGGAAAUUUGAAGACUCAUGAGAUGAAUCGAAAUCAUGACUCAUCAAAGAAGGAAGUCAAAAAGGAUAAGUCAUUGAUGCUGAAAUUUCAAAAAAUUGUGAGAAAGAACAAAGGUUUUAAAAGAGGAACAAAUGGUCCUCGAAAUACUACUCAAAAUGAUACCUGCUACAAGUGUGGAAAAGCUGGACACUUUAUCAGAGAGUGUCCUCUACUCAAAAAUGAAAACAAGGAACAUCAAAAACUAAGAAGUGACAAAGAGAAGAGAAGGGACCUGGUACUCGGUAAGAAUGAUCGAAAGGCUGCUGCUGACUAUGUGGUCAAAAAGGCUCUUGCUGCAUGGGGUGACUCUUCAAGUGAUUCAGAAGAUCCUAAUGAACCAAAUGAUGUGGCUAUGGUGGCUGUGCAUGAAGAGGAACCAUUUUCAAUGAAAUUUAUGAUUGAUUCUGUAAUUGAGUUAACCUCUGAAAGAGACAUCAUGAAUGCUGAACUUGAUAGUUUAACUGAAAACAAAGUUAAACUGGAGGAGAGAAUAUCAAAAAUGAUGUCUCUAGAGUCUGAUAACACUGAACUUAAAAACCAGUUGAAUCAGAUAAUUGAAGAAGCUGAAAAGUUGAAUGGAAUGUCAAAUGGUUUACAAGUUGAAAUUGAAGAAAAAUUGAAAAACUCUGAGAAAAAUCUGGGAUUGUCUUUGGAGAAGAGCAACAGAUUAGAAAAUAAUAUUUACAGUCUUUUGAGCGUGUCUCAAAUUUGUGACAAGGGAAAUGAAGUCAAGUUUACUUCUGAGAAGUGCACUAUGGUUAGUCUAACUACAAAGAAAGUCAUUCUCACUGCUUUCAGAAGUAAAAACAUGUAUGUGGCCAACCUAGAAACGUCUCAUGGAGAUGAUCUGACAUGUCUUAGUGCUCAAAAUGAAAAUGCUUAUCUUUGGCAUCGUAGGCUAGGGCAUCUUGUGUCAAAGAAAAACAAAUCAAAUCAUCUUUUAGCCCAAAAAGCAAGUAACCUCAUCCAGAACACUGGAGUUGUUACACAUGGAUUUAUGUGGACCUUUGAAGGUUCAAAGCAGAAAUGGCAAGAAAUACAUUCUGGUGAUAGUUGA